AUGGCGACCAUCGUUCCACAUGGGCAACUUGCAAAAUAUCCUUGUGACACACAAGAAGAAGACGAUCCUAGCUUCGGCCAUGCUCCGUUGUCCAAUCUAGCUGGAACGACCGGCGACAACGCACCAGGAGAACCAGACGAUCUCGUCUUGGGCUUCGGAACCAUAGUUCCCCGCUGGGACACCAGAGCAUCAGAAGGCACAAAACUCCAGUACUAUGUGCAGACAGAGGGUUUUCCAUCCACCGACCAAGCGAGAAACGCGGCAGCAACGUUUCAAAAAGCCGCAGAUUCGUGGAACGAACUGAAGACUGGCGUCACUAUCUUGCAGACGACUGAUCUAGCAAGCGCAAACUUCUACCUGGUAUACAAAACCAAUCCUACAUCAGGACCCGGAACAAAUACUCUAGCCCGAGCAUUCUUCCCUCACGAAAUAGGUCAGGACGUCGUGGUCUUUCAACGAGGCUUGGAACCCAGCUACAAGUCCAUCCUGAAUAACGUGUUUCAACACGAAAUCGGACACAUACUUGGUCUGCGGCAUGAAUUUGCCAUCACAGGAGACGAGAGCAAGAGAUUGAGGGCGGAAGGUAAUGGUGCGGUCCAGUUCAUGGAGAUGAAUUAUGAUUCGAUAAUGAGUUACAAUAUGCCACCGAGAAUUCAGGAUAGUGACAGAGAACAGGUAGUCAAGUUCUACCAAAUGCCCAAUGGGUUUAUGCGCUUAUUCCCAGUGCUGGAGGAUGGCGACGACAACCAUCGGCACGAACAAAACUCGACAAAGAAGAGGAAAGCUCUACACGAUGUUGAUGAUACAGAUGCACGUUUGAACAGUGCUGGGGCCUCGUCCAAAGCACCAAAAAUCGAUGCCCAAGCACGAGCAUCCGCCAGUAGGCCUACUGCCCAACUUUCGAUUCAGGCCAGCCAAAAUACACGUCCAGAGUCACGUCUGAGCGGACGUCGGGCUGUGAUCAAAGACUGGCCGCAGAUUCAAGAAGUCGAUGCUUUCACCAAUGCAUCAGUUGGCGAGCAGCGUGCCGAGAUCAAGAGAUAUAUGAGGGAUCUUCAAGAGUACGCUCGUGCGAUCCAGGCCGGUACAAUACCAACACACUUCGUCGCCAAGUUUUUUCGGCGGCUCGGCACACACUUCCAGCAUCUGGACAACGCCCGUGAUCGCUUGAUCGCUCUCCAGAGCAAACAAGUCGCACGAGAAGCACAAAUCUUGGCCCUGAUUCAGGAAUCGACGGCUGAUAGCAAAGAAGAAGCAGAUUUGUACAACAGCAUGAUUGAGGACAUUGUUCAGGAAUCGCAGGAUUAG